AGCGCCCGAGGGGCGGCGUCGAAAUGAAUACCGAAGCAGAACAGCAGCUUCUCCAUCAUGCCAGAAAUGGCAACAUUGAAGAAGUAAGACAGUUACUACAAGCCAUGAAGAGGAAUGCAAUAAUUGCUGACAUUAAUUGCAAAGGAAGAAGUAAGUCUAAUUUAGGCUGGACACCUCUUCAUCUGGCAUGCUAUUUUGGACACAAACAAGUGGUCGAGGAUCUGUUGAAGGCUGGUGCGGAAGUGAAUGUGUUAAAUGACAUGGGAGACACGCCACUUCAUCGAGCUGCCUUUACAGGACGAAAGGAGUUGGUAAUGCUUCUUUUAGAAUAUAAUGCUGACACCACUGUUGUUAAUGGGAGUGGACAGACUGCAAAGGAAGCCACUCAUGACAAAGAAAUCAGAAACAUGCUUCAAGCUGUAGAAAGGACUCAGCAAAGAAAGCUUGAAGAAUUACUUCUAGCAGCCGCAAGGGAAGGGAGAACAUCAGAACUCACUGCGCUGUUCAACAGACCCAGUCCUCCUGAUGUGAACUGUUCGGAUCAGCUUGGAAAUACACCUUUGCACUGUGCAGCUUACCGGGGCCAUAAGCAGUGUGCCAUGAAGCUUCUGAAAAGUGGAGCAGACCCGAAUCUGAGAAACAAAAAUGAGCAGAAGCCCUUUGAUCUUGCACAAGGUGCUGAAAUGAAGCACAUUCUUCUUGGUAACAAGGUCAUUUACAAAGCAUUGAAACGACACGAAGGCCCUCUUUGGAAGAGUUCAAGGUUUUUUGGAUGGAGAUUAUUCUGGGUGGUAUUAGAACAUGGAGUCCUUUCAUGGUAUAGGAAACAGCCUGAUGCAGCCCGUAAUGUGUAUCGCCAGGGAUGCAAACACCUGACUCAAGCAGUGUGCACGGUAAAAGCUACUGAUAGCCGCCUCUUCUUUAUUAAGUGCUUUGAUGACACCAUUCACAGCUUCCGAGUUCCUAAGAAUAACCUUCAGCAGUCAAGAGAGAAUUGGUUGGAAGCAAUAGAAGAGCAUUCUGCCUACAGCACUCACUACUGUUCCCAGGACCAGGUGACUGAGGAUGAAGAGGAAGAUGGUGUUUCGACUGUAGACCUGAAGGAAUCCUUAGAGAAAGUGCAAGCAUGUCAACAAAAACUAGACAGAGAGAUUUCCAACUUUCUCAAAAUGAUUAAGGAAUGCAGCAUGGCUGAAGAUAUGCUUCCAUUAUUUCUUCAGGAAGUUGAAGUUGUCUCUGAAGCUUCUCGAGAAACUUGUGUAGCUUUGAGUGAUUGCCUUCAUCUCUUCACUAAACAAGAAGGGGUGAGGAACUUUAAAUUGGAACAGGAGCAAGAAAAAAACAAAAUUUUGUCUGAAGCACUGGAGACUCUGGCCACUGAACAUCAUGAACUAGAGCAGUCACUGGUUGAAGGAUCCCCACCUCUCGACAUCCUUAGCGAGGACGAGUUCUACGAUGCGAUCUCAGAUUCAGAGUCGGAGCAGUCCAUGAGUAGGUUGGAAGCAGUGACAGCACAGUCCCUGGAAGAGGAAGACCUGAACAGCCGAAGACCCAGGAUGUCCGAGGGGAAGGACUGUGGUGGUGGAGAUGGGCUUUCCAAUGGCAUCAAGAAACACAGAACAAGCUUGCCCUCGCCUAUGUUUUCCAGAAAUGACUUCAGUAUCUGGAGCAUCCUCAGAAAAUGUAUUGGAAUGGAACUCUCCAAGAUCACGAUGCCAGUGAUAUUUAACGAGCCGUUGAGCUUCCUGCAGCGGCUGACGGAGUACAUGGAGCACACUUACCUCAUCCACAAAGCCAGCUCCUUUUCGGAUCCUGUGGAAAGGAUGCAGUGUGUGGCUGCAUUCGCGGUGUCGGCUGUUGCUUCCCAGUGGGAACGGACCGGAAAGCCUUUCAACCCACUCCUGGGCGAGACCUACGAGUUAGUUCGGGAUGACCUUGGAUUCAGACUCAUUUCUGAACAAGUCAGCCAUCACCCACCAAUCAGUGCAUUUCACGCAGAAGGAUUAAACAAUGAUUUCAUCUUUCAUGGCUCCAUCUACCCCAAACUGAAGUUCUGGGGGAAGAGCGUAGAAGCAGAACCCAAAGGAACCAUCACCUUAGAGCUCCUUGAACACAGUGAAGCCUACACAUGGACUAACCCCACCUGCUGUGUGCACAACAUCAUCGUGGGGAAGCUCUGGAUCGAACAGUAUGGCAGUGUGGAGAUCACAAACCACAAGACUGGGGACAAAUGUGUGCUGAAUUUUAAGCCAUGUGGCCUUUUUGGUAAGGAGCUGCACAAAGUUGAAGGCUACAUUCAAGAUAAAAGCAAAAAGAAGCUCUGUGCCCUCUAUGGGAAGUGGACUGAAUGUUUGUACAGUGUUGAUCCUGCCACUUUUGAAGCUUACAAAAAAAAUGAUAAGAAGAACACUGAAGAGAAGAAGAACAGCAAACAGAUGAGCACCUCUGAGGAGUCAGAUGAAAUGCCCAUGCCGGAUUCAGAAAGCGUGUUUGUCAUCCCCGGGAGUGUCCUCCUCUGGCGAAUAGCCCCACGACCACCCAAUUCUGCCCAGAUGUAUAACUUCACUAGCUUCGCCAUGGUUCUGAACGAAGUGGACAAGGAGAUGGAGAGCGUGAUUCCCAAGACGGACUGCAGGUUACGGCCUGAUAUCAGAGCCAUGGAGAAUGGAGAAAUAGAUCAAGCUAGUGAAGAAAAAAAACGACUGGAAGAAAAACAAAGAGCAGCACGGAAGAACAGGUCCAAGUCAGAAGAGGACUGGAAGACAAGGUGGUUCCACCAAGGUCCUAAUCCGUACAGUGGAGCCCAAGACUGGAUCUACUCCGGCAGCUAUUGGGACAGAAACUACUCCAAUUUGCCUGACAUUUAUUAAAAUGGCAGACAAGUCAGAGUGUUUGGCUAAUUUACAAAUAAGUCUUAAAUCUAGGUUUUUAAUUUUUUCCCCUUGGUUUCUACUCAUCUUUUAAAAAAAUGCUCAUGGGAUAAUAUGCACUUGAUCCACAGAAGUAGGGCACAUGGUGAAGUUGAUGAUGAAGGCCUUAGGAAAAAUGCAUAAUUUUGCUAUCCCAACCUACUUACUUCAAGAACUAUUUUAUAUAGAGGUAAGACAAAGUGCUGGAGAUUGCUUUUUAUGGUUGCUGUUGCCAUAUUUACUGAAGGUUUAUACCCAAAUAACUUUAGCUUUAUGAAAUUCUAUAGAAAUCCCAAACCAAGUUAUUUUGAAUAUUUUUAUGCUGUCAUGCUUGAAUGUUUUAGAUAAACUUUGAUGUUUAGAAUCCUCCUACACAAUGUUUAUGUGCUCAGAUGUAGAGGUGAUGUCAUUUUGUAAACACUACAAUGAUAAGAUGCCGUUUAUUCAUACUAACCUCUCAAUUUUACCCCUUCCUGCCUCCAAAAGGAAAAGCUGGCUGAAAAUUCAGAAUAGGUAAUUCUGAUACAAAAAUCGUGAAAGAAUUAAACUGGACAAGGUAUUUCAUUUACUUUAGUGUUCUGAAUUCACUUUUUUAAUUUUCUGAAAUCAAUGAGUUAAAAUGUUUAAAUUGUACAUGUAUGAAUUGAAAAAAAUGUAUAGUCAUUCACAAUAUUGUAGAAAUAGAUUUUAAUCAUUACAUAAUGACAAAGAUUUUUAAAUGCUUGUUUCCAGUGGCAAAUGCCACCAGAGAAACUAAGCUGCACUCCUGUGUGUACUGUAAGUGUUCAACUCUAUAUCAAAGGAGGUCUUGUGCAUUUCAAGUUUGCAAGGUACCUGUGUACUUAAAAUAUGUAUGGAGACCUACUGUACAGUAGUUUUACCCCUUUAAUUGGGGUGCAUUAAUCCUAGAGUGUUUAUCCACCCAAAACCCAGAUUGAAAUAUUGCUCUAAGGGGCCUUAGGUAGUUGCCAGUAAGUUAUUUUAAUGCUGUCUUGAAAUUAACAAGUGUUAUGAAAUAAUCUACCUGAUACUAAAUAAAGGCUUUUAGAAUGUC